CUGCUCUCUUCCGGCAUAUCUUCCUUUCUCUUUCUUGAGUCUUCAUCUUUCCUGUUAGAAGCAUUCUCUCUCACGGGGCGAUUAUGGAGAGAUGUUUUCAACAUCACGGCGAGACUUGGCUGGCCAACACGCAAAGAUUUUGGAGAAUUUGAUGCGAUUUCUUUCCUUUGUUUGUUUCUGUUUGUUGUUGUAGGCGGUUAUUUUGAGAGAUUUUUUUUGUUUGGAUUGAGAGAUUAUGGAGGAGGACAAUAAUGGCGGCUCCUUUCGGAGUUUGAUCGACUUGGUGAACGAUGUAGCUUCAAUCUCAGACUACAGGUACGCGGUCAGAAAGCAGUAUUGUAAUUUAGCUAGGCGACUGAAGCUGUUGAUCCCAUUGUUUGAGGAGAUGAGGGAUAUCAAGCAGCCGCUGCCUGAUGAUACCGUUAGAGCUCUUGCUUCGUUGAAAGAAGCUCUGGAAUCGACCAAGGAGUUGCUUAGACAAGGGAGCGAGGGGAGCAAGAUUUAUCUGGCCUUGGAUAGAGAGCAAAUCUUGAAUCAAUUUCACGAGGUGACAGCUAGACUAGAGCAAGCUCUGAAUGAAAUUUCACAUGAAGAUCUUGACAUAUCUGAUGAAGUUAAGGAGCAGGUUGAGCUUGUUCUCUCUCAAUUCAGAAGAGCUAGAGGAAGGAAUGAUACACAAGAUGCCGAGGUGUAUGUUAACCUCAACUCUCUAUAUAACAACAACAGAGACUCUGCUGAUCCUUCUAUCUUGAAAGUACUGGCUGAGAAGUUGCAACUGAUUGUUAUAGCUGAUCUUACUCAAGAGUCUCUUGCUUUACAUGAAAUGGUUUUGGCUAGUGAUGGAGAUCCAGGGGGGCGAUUUGAGAAAAUGUCAAUAUUAUUGAAGAAAAUAAAAGAUUUUAUGCUAACUGAAAACCCUGAAAUUGGUCUUUCUUCAAAAGAACAAAGUCAUCCUCGCACUGGUGGACAAGUGUCUGCUGGUAAGAAAGAUAUAGUGUCCCUCCACAUACCUGAAGACUUUCGGUGCCCCAUAUCCCUGGAUUUGAUGAAAGAUCCCGUCAUUGUCUCCACGGGACAGACCUAUGAACGUGCGUUCAUUGAGAAGUGGCUGGCAGAUGGACACUCGACAUGCCCGAAAACUCAACAAGUUCUCACUAGCAAAAUUCUUACACCAAAUUAUGUUUUACGUAGUCUCAUAGCUCAAUGGUGCGAGGUCAAUGGGAUUGAACCACCACAACGUUCCAGCAGUUCUCAGCCCAGUAAGUUGACUCCGGCUGAACGCUCCAAGUAUGAAGCUCUACUCCACAAACUCGCAUCAGGCAACAUUGAAGACAAGCGAUCUGCUGCUGGUGAGAUUCGCCUUCUAGCCAAACGCAAUGCAAAUAAUCGUGUGGCCAUUGCUGAAGCUGGUGCAAUCCCUCUCCUCGUUGAUCUCCUUUCAACAACAGACCCCCUCACUCAAGAACAUGCUGUGACAGCGUUACUUAACCUUUCAAUUUGUGAUAAUAAUAAGAGAAGCAUCAUGUCCUGUAGGGCAGUGCCUGCGAUAGUCCAUGUGCUGAAGUGGGGGAGUAUGGAAGCACGUGAAAAUGCUGCUGCCACUCUUUUCAGUCUCUCGGUUGUAGACGAAUAUAAAAUAAUGAUCGGCGCAUCGGGAGCCAUUCUGCCACUUAUUGCGCUACUCAAUGAAGGUACUCAAAGGGGGAAGAAGGAUGCUGCAACCGCUCUUUUCAACUUGUGUUUCUUCCAAGGGAACAAGAUAAAGGCAGUCAGGGGUGGUGUUGUUUCCAUACUGGUGCAGCUGUUGACAGAAUCUAGAAUAGGGAUGGUAGAUGAGGCACUAGCAAUUUUAGCCAUACUAGCCAGCAAUUCGGAAGGGCGGGCUGCGAUUGGAGCAGCCGAAUCUGUCCCCAUUUUAGUAAAUUUCAUUGGAACAGGAUCCCCUAGGAACAGGGAAAAUGCAGCUGCAGUUUUGGUGCAUCUUUGCAUGGGAGACAAACGACAUCUCGUCAAAGCGAAGGAGCUCGGAGUGAUUGGUUUGCUUAUGGAUUUGGCAGAAAAUGGCACGGACCGAGGUAAGCGAAAAGCAACACAAUUGCUUGACCAAAUAAACAGGUUUACAGAGCUGCAGAAAGAGGCUGAGGUUCAAUCCCAGUCUCAAACCCAGCUGUUGCUACCGCCGCCACUACCUUCCACAAUCGGCGACGUCGAAAGCUGACCAGGUUUUUUCUUCCCAUUGUCUUUUCCAUUGUCGAAUUUCUUUCUUUCUUUUAUCAUACACAAUGAAGGAAGGCAGCUCUGCUUUGUUCAUGGAGGUGGAAGAUCACCAGCCAAACUUAAAUUUGUAAAUUAUAAAUUCCUUCUUUUAAUUUGCGUGAGAGGAACUUAAGUUCCAUGGAUGAAUCAUGAGACUAUAUUACUAGGAAGUAGAACUAUAUUCAUCCUCAAAAUCUUAAAAAAGAGAGAUGGUUUGUAAAUUGAUUAUUAUAAACCGAAUAUAAACUGCAGUGUAUUUGGGCAAAUUAGCCAAAAAAUUUUAAUCACUUUUCUAAA